UCGCGUGAGUCGUCUGCACCGCGGGGGUCGUCUGCUAGACUGCCAGCUCGCCGUCGUUCGUGCGGGUGUCGCGGUAAUACUCGUGGAACGAUCGCCGUUCCGACGUUGGAUACACACCGAUCGACCCGCCGCUCUCCCUUCCCAAGACAGAAAUCGCAACACGUCGAUGCUUCGCAAAAGCCAUGAAGCCCUCUUUCGACUCAUGCUACGGCGCUGCCCGAGUUCUGCCAACUUCGGAACGGCGGCGACGGCGGGGAGCACACAGCAGCGGCACGUCUAUCUUGCAAGUAGACGCUGGUGCUUGCUGCACCCGCCUCGGGAUCUCGUCGUGGGUCGGCGGUGGGCGCACGCGACCACGAUCUUGCACGACGUCGACGAAUGCGACACCCAGGUGGCGCACUGGCCCUACGCCGAGAGGUGCGUCACUGUCACCACCUGCGCGGACAUCUACAGGAAAUGGCGAGGUUCCCGUCACGGCUACGCCACCGCCCCGCCCGAGGGUCUGCCCGUACCGGUGACGUACGUGCACACGGGCAUGGACCGUGUCGAGAGAGGACGCAGCGCCAGCGCGUCCGAAGGCGACAGCAACGACCGGAGGAGACCCCUCGUGGUCAUCCUGUCGGGGGCGCCGGGCAACUACAAGGACUUCUCCUACCUCAUUCCCUACCUGGACCGCAACGGAUGCGACGUCGUGUCGCCCGUCUGGCCUGACCUCGCCUUCAGUCGAAAGAGUGGCUGCUGGUGGCAUUCGAGUCAGGAGAAGACGAACUUGGCUCUCGAUUUUCUCAGGACCAUAGGAAUUAAAGAAGCCGACAUGUUGGUGGCGCACAGCAGCGGGAGCUACCCGGCAUUGCGCAUGAUUAACAAUGAGCAUGGACUCAAGGUCAAGUCCCUGGUACUGCUUGCACCUGCGGGACACAAGCCAAUUACCAAGAUGAACCCCCAUUGGUUCCCGCAGUUGCUAAGCUGGCUCUACAUGCGGCCGGGCCCUUACCAGAGGAUCGUCGAGCUCAUGGGGCUCGCCUUCCUCACCGUCACCAGGCACCCGCUCCGCCGGAACAUGGACAACGUCCUGCUCGCCAUGAAGGCCAUGCUGUACGCCGACAAGCCGCAGCUGAAGAAGGAUGCCGAGGCCGUCGCGGCGCGGAAACUGCCCACUCUGGUAGCCAUCAGCGACAACGACAAGCUGAUUGACUUGUCCACCAGCUUAGAGCUGGUGCCGAUCAUCGGGGGAUCUUCCGACAACACCUGGUACUACGAUCAGGACAAGCGGCUCAAGCAGAAAGGCAACGGGAACGGACCGGUGAAGACGCUACGGUUCGAGAAGGGCACCCACUACCUGUUCACCCGGUGCGCGGACAUCAUCAACCCCGAGAUCCUGAAUCUCCUCAACCGCACCGUCGGCCGAAACUGAUGAGCGCCGCUGUUAAAGGGACCAUGGAUCGUGGGCGGCUUGAUUCUUUAACUCCGUGUUCUAGAAGAGGGGGGAAUUAGCCGUAGGAUUGCCAGAACAAUAUGGCGCCUCAAAAUAUCAAGCGCUGUAGAAAAUCAGCGAACCUGCGUUAAAGGCCGACGACAAGAUUCGAGAUUCUGCAAGGCAGAAGAUCCUUCUCGUUAUGGGGGAGGAGGAAACAGGCAACGAUGGACAGAGUAGAAAGGGGAGAAGAGGAAGCGAGGGAAAAGUGGAAAGCGCAAACUAGUCGUCUGUCUUUAAGUCCAUUUUGAACUUUUUUUCUUUUCGUUCCGCCCAUCGGAAAAGCAGGGCCGAAGAGCCCAAGUGCGCACCUGACCUUGCUACACCGCCGUCUCCUUACAGUCCGUCUGCACCGAGUGUCAGACGCGCACGCGAAAGCAGCGUCUGAAACCAUAUAUACGGCUCUAUCCAAAGUCAGCUAUACAGCCGCGCAGAUGACAAUCGGAAGAUGUCGUCUACCGUUGCUGGCUUCAGACGUUCACUAGCUGUAUAGUUCAGACGCUGCGUUCGCGCGUUCCUCCCGUGGUUCCUCCAUAAAAAAAGAGGUACUUCGUUGCCGUGGUGAUGCCGACCAUAUAGCAGACGGACUUUAUCGUGCGGAAGGAGACGGCGGGGAGAUCGGAUGCGUAUUUUGGAUCUUACGCCGUGCUUCUCGAUGGGCGGAGCGUGAACGAGAAGGGUUCAAAAUAAGAAAUUGACGCAGAUGGCCCAUUUUCUCCAGCGCCUAAUAUUUUGCCGAUUCCUACACAAAAACCAAAAUGCCGAAUCUUUUUUUUUUUUUUUUUGUUUUUUGCUAGGUUGGGAUAAUGUUUAUACUUUGUCGCUCCGAGCCGAUGGGGACCAAUAAGAAUGUGCAACGUCAUGGCAUUCGUCAUGUUUUCGUAUGUGCUCUAUCAUAGCUAUAAACCAAUCGUGUACAGGGAAGGUCCGGUGACUUGCGCUUUUAGCACGGACGUUCGUGGUUUUCUCUGCUCGUGCCUUCCACUAUGCAUGCUCGGACGCGAGAUUCAUUCAAAACGUUCGUGAUGAUAAAACACCUACACUUCGUUUUUGGGGCCCCCGCGCACUAUUUCUCUUUCAUCUUACGCUACGUUCCGAUGGAUCCAACCAAGUAGCACCAAAAGUGCAUCGUCACGGAGUUCGUUCUCUUUGUCACAUCGGCGGCCAUUUUAGUGGCCUUGCUGCCGAGCGCGUACCUCCGGGAGCAUACAGUUCGUACCGUCAAUUUCUUUUUUUUUUUUUUUUUUCCUUGGCAACAAGUAGAAAUUACUCUCUAUCACCAUGGUGCGAUGAAGGCCACGUGCAGGCCAUGUAUACUGUUCGAGUUCGACGAUUUCCGCCAUGCACCGCGUGGUAAUUGGCCACGAACAUUGCCGGUUCUU